GUUAACUUCUCCACUCUUAAUUAUCUUAGAGCCAUAAAACAAUAUUUCAUAUAACCAGAAAAACACACUGCCAUGAAAAUGGAUUCUUUGUUGUCCAAGUUUACCUGUUUGCAUUGUCUUCUUUUGCUAUUACUCAAUGCUACUCACUAUUUUUCAUUUGUGCAGACUCAGACAUGGACAUUUUGCCACGUUGACGAGCAUUCCUUCUUGUUACAAUUCAAGGAAAGCUUUACGAUAGACAAGUCAGCUUCGGGAUCUCCUUUUGCUUAUCCGAAGGUUGCAUCUUGGGCUCGAGAAGGAGAUCAAAAUCAGAGUAACUGUUGUUCGUGGGAUGGUGUUGAGUGCCAUGCGGAGUCUGGCCGUGUCAUUGGCCUUGACCUCAAGAGCAGCUGUCUCUAUGGUUCUAUCACUUCCAACAGCACCCUCUUCCGACUUGUUCACUUGCAGAAGCUUGACCUCUCAGAUAACAACUUCAAUUCCUCUAAAAUACCAUCGAGAUUGGGCCAUGACCUUUUGAGUCUAUCCUAUCUCAACCUUUCAAGGUCUACAUUUUCUGGCCAAAUUCCAUCUGAAAUUUCAAGGCUAUCCAAACUGUCUACCCUUGUUCUGUCUUACAAUAAUGGUUUGGAGCUUAGGAAGUCCAUCAUGAGAAUCCUAGUCCAAAACUUGACCAGCAUAAAACAACUUCAUCUUAGAUAUGUAGGCAUAUACUCCACUGUGCCUGAUAUCUUGGUCAACGCAUCUUCUCUCACAUCUCUCAAUCUAAGCUCUUGUGGGUUGUAUGGGGAAUUCCCAGUAGGCAUUUUCCAUCUACCAAACCUAGAGGAGCUUAGAUUGUACUCGAACACAUACCUAAAUGGUUAUUUUCCUACUUUUAACAGGACCAAUUCCUUCAAAACAUUAGAUGUUUCAAAGACAAAUAUCUCUGGUGAACUUCCUAGUUCUAUCGGAAACCUUCAUUCCUUAAAUUACUUUGAUAUCUCAAAUUGUGGUUUUGAUUCCCAUGUUCCAUCUUCAUUUGGAAACCUUACCCAGCUCAGUUUCCUUGAGAUGGCUUCAUUUCAUGACGUUUCCGCAGGCCAAUUCUUAGUUCCUGAUUCCUUGUCUUGUUUUGGAAAAUUAACCAAGCUCAACUACUUGGUUCUUUCGAAUAUUAACUUACAGGGGAAUUUCCCACGUUUUGUGGCUAACCUGACCCAACUUGCGUCUCUAGACUUGUCUGAUAAUUCAAUAACUGGUGAAAUCCCAUCUUGGCUCGCAUUAGAGUUGACCCAAUUAACUUUUCUACGGCUCACCCGCAACGAUUUGCAAGGAGCAAUUCCUAAGUCGCUUUUCCACCUCAGAAAUCUUGAACGUCUUGGCCUUUCCAAUAAUAAUUUGAGUGGAUUAGUUGAGUUUGAUGAGUUUUCCAACCUCAAAAAGUUGAAGGCACUUGGUUUAGGGUACAACAAGUUAUCCGUGCGUGUCAAAUCUGGUUCGAGUGCUACUCUUCCAAAGUUCGAAUAUCUAGAGUUGGCUGAAUGCAACUUGACAGAGUUUCCAGAAUUUUUGAAAAAUCAAUACGAAUUGGGAGCCCUAGGCCUUUCUGGUAACAACAUUCAUGGCCAAAUACCAAAAUGGCUCUGGAAUGCAACUAGAGAAACUCUGGUCAAUCUCGACCUCUCUUCGAACUUCUUAACAGGCUUUGAGGAAAAUCCAGUCACUCUUCCAUGGAAAAAUCUGCAGGUUUUUAGUCUUGAUACUAAUCGGUUACGAGGGUCAUUGCCAAUUCCACCACAAUCUAUCAUGUCUUACUUUGUCAGCAACAAUAAUUAUAGUGGAGAAGUUUCACCAUUGUUCUGCAACUUGAAUUAUCUUCAAGUUCUUGAUUUGGCCAACAACAGCUUGAUUGGCAUGCUUCCACGGUGUUUGGGGAAGUCCAGUACCUUGGAAAUAUUGAUCUUGAUGUUUAAUUCUUUCCACGGCGAUAUUCCUCCAUUUUGUGCUAACAAAAAUAGUUUGAAAUUGGUUUUGUUGGGUUACAAUCGGUUACAGGGGAAACUACCAAGAUCAAUGGCCGAUUGCACUCGGUUAGAGUUUCUUAACAUUGGCAACAAUCAGAUCAGUGACAUCUUCCCUUCUUGGUUAGGGGUACUUCCAGUAUUGAGGGGUCUCAUUUUGGGGUCGAAUGCAUUUCAUGGGAUAAUUGGGAAGCCUCCAACAAAUCAUGAGUUCCCAAACUUGUGCAUCAUUGAUUUGUCCAACAAUCUGUUUUCAGGGAACUUGACUGCUCUUGAAUCGUUGGAUCUCUCUCAAAACAAGCUCUCAGGAAGGAUCCCCGAUAGCUUGGCACAACUCACUUUCCUUGAGUAUUUCAACGUGUCGCAUAACCACCUUUGGGGGCCAAUACCACUUGGCCAACAAUUUGGUACAUUCCUAGAAGAUUCAUACCAAGGAAACUCAGGUCUGUGUGGAAAGCCUUUGUCCAAGAAAUGCGAGGGUUCUAAAAGCUUGAGGCUGCCGCCACCAUCAAGUUUUGAAGAAGAUGAAGAGGCUGGAUUUACAUUUGAGUUUGAUUGGUACGUAGUUUUGCCGGGAGUUGUUAGCGGACUAGUAGUGGGAGUGGUUGCUGGAAACAUGUUGGCAGACAAGAAGGAUGAAUGGUUUGUGGAGACAUUCAGGAGGAGGAGGAAGUCAACAACUGCACGGGCGACGAGGGGACGCCGAACUUAG